AUGUAUACCUAUGAAUACCUAUAUAUACCUACUAUGACUAAACCAAAGCGUAACACUAGACCAAGCCUAGACUAUCGGCUGGCGACGGCCAUGUUUAAAUCUCUUUUGUAGAGGAAGAGGCCUCGUUUACCUCCAGCACGACACACGUCGACAAAGCGCACAAAUACUCCCACUCGACGCAUGGCUUGUGUGUGUGUGUGGUCGUGACAGUGCACCGGGCUAUCGGGGCCGCUGCGGUGAAAUCAUUUUAUUGCGUUUUAUUUACAAACGUAGCGCGGCAUUGGUACGUUUGCGCGGCGACCAGUAGCGGCAAGGAUAACUUCCUCGUGGUAGCAAAGCAGCCAGCGGCCUUACCUCACACUCGUACAGUGUGGCGAUACACACGGGCACGUGCACACCACUGCUCUGCACACGUCGCGUCUCACUUUAUGUCAAUCCUACUUCGAAAGCAGUUCACAAUUUAAAAGAAACUUUGUAUUGAACAGAACAAGAAAAUAUUUUUUGGAUAAAUAAAUUGUCAUCAUAUCUGUAACGAAGGCGUGGCGAUAGGAACCUCGUUCAUAUAAUAAUGACGGGCACGCAAUGGACUGCUGUGUUAGUGCUUCAACUGCUCGCUCACAACGCCCUCUGCGGCUAUGGUACACUCGCUGCCCACGCUCACCUCAGCGAUCACAGUGCCCACGCUGACCUCAGAGACCACAGUGCCCACGCCGAACAAAGCGACCACAGUGCCCACGCCAACCAAAGCGACCACAGUGCCCACGCCGACCAAAGCAACCACAGUGCCCACGCCAACCAAAGCGAUCACAGCGUCCACCGCGACCAGAAUGACUACAGCGACUACAGUGCCCACGCCGACCAAAGUGAACACAGUGUCCAUAGUGACCACGGCGACCAUAAUUCCCAAGGUGACCACAGUGCCUACGGAAAUCACAGUACUCUCGGUGACCGUGGAGUCCUCAGCGACCACAAUGACUACGGUAACCACAGUAACCACGGCGACCACAGCGACAACGGCGACCACAGCGACCACGGCGACCACAGCGACCACAGCGCACAUAGUGACCACGGUGACCACGGCGAUCACGAUGCCCGCGGUGAGCACAGCGUAGCCGGUGGCCAUAAAAGCCACAGCGUUCAAAGUGGCCGCAGCGUCCGCUUUGGUGUUAGGCUUGUUGAGCGGUCAGAGUACAUCCAUGCGACGACUUCUAGCGGCAGCAUUCGGGGCCGGCUGGCGCGCGACGGCGACUACUUUGCCUUCCUCGGCAUACCCUACGCCGCAACGCCCACAGGAUUGCUGCGAUUGAAGGCGCCGCAGCCUCCGCCUGCGUGGAACGGCACUUUGACCGCCGAGCGUACGGUCGUCUGUCCCCAGCAAGGCGUCGGCGAAGAGGACUGCCUCGUACUAAACAUUUUCGUUCCCAAGAUAAAGGCGAAGCGUGCGCUUCCCGUGCUGGUGUACAUCCACGGAGGCUCCUUCCGUUACGGCGCCGGACCCACCCGAGGCGCGGGGCCAAUAGUUGAACAGGGCGUUAUCUUAGUGACAAUCAACUACCGUCUAGGCCCACUAGGAUUCCUUUGCCUCGGCAUCGACGAGGCUCCGGGCAACGCGGGCUUGCAGGAUCAGCUAGCGGCCCUGAGAUGGGUAAAGAGUAACAUAAAACAUUUUGGUGGCGACCCAAAUGGUGUAACCGUAUAUGGGACGGAUUCCGGAGCGGCGUGCGUCGAGCUUCUAGUUCUUUCUAAGGCGAGCACCGAUUUAUUUGCAAGAGCUGUGAUCGAGUCCGGAUCCGGUGGAGCGACGUGGGCGAUCGACGAUCGUCCCCUGUGCACCGCCAAAAACUUUGCGAAAGCAUUUUCCGUAUCCGAGUUGGAACAUCCGCUUAAGUUAUUGGAACUGUAUCAAGAUGUGCCGGCGAGCUUAUUGACCAGAGUCAACGAGAAAUUCGCGAACACUUUUACCGACGGUAGGUACGGCUUUGCGCCGUGCGUCGAGAGACCCUUCGAAGGUGUGCAAUCUAUUGUAACCAGACCACCGUCGGAAAUCCUGAGAAAAGAGUCAAUCAGUGAAAUACCAGUAAUGUUUAUAUUUGCUUCUUUGGAAGGUUUGUUUCUUAAAAGCAGAGAAUAUUACACGCUGAAUUACAUGAACAGAAUGGAAGCGAAUUUUGCGGAAUUUUUGCCUUCCGGCCUAAACUUCGACAACCAAAUUAAAAGGAACGAAAAGGCUGCGGAAGUGCGACGUUUUUAUUUCGCAAACGAAACCAUAGAAAACAAUAAAUUGGGAUAUUUGCGGUAUUUCGGAGACAGCCAGAUACUGCGAGCGGUGGUCGGCGGGGCGGAGGCGCAUGCACGGCGCGGCCGCCUCGUCUAUCUUAUGGAGUUCGCGUAUGGCGGCGGGCUGCGCGCGCGAGACCCGCUCUACGCGAGCGUGGUGGCCCAGGGUGCGCCAGCGCCGGCGGGACACGCCCACUUCAAUGCUCACGUUAUAUUGAACAGUACUGUUCAAUCGGACAGCGAUCAAUUGGCAAUCGAGAGGGCGGCGACACUCUUGUGUAAUUUCGUUAAAUAUGGGGAGCCGACACCGAACAUGACGGAAGCGCUGCCGAUUCGCUGGCCGCGACUGCGCCCACCCCUACUGCCCUACCUGCGCCUCGGCGACGACCUACAGCUCCUCGAAGCGCCCUACAGCGGGAGGAUACAAUUUUGGAAACAAUUAUUUUACGAUUUCGGAAAACAGAUAUCGGAUUAUGAACCAUAUUUUUGCUAGAAAAAUAAUGAACACUUGAGACUUUUUGUUGUAAUGUAUAUGAAUGUAAUAUAAGUAAUAUAAUGUCAGCCUUGAUCAUAAUACAUUUAUGGAUACACCUACGGCGAAUAAUAAAGUGACACAUU